AGACGCUAAAUUUUUCCCAUUCAGCUGUAUUUCGCUAAAUUCCGCGCUUCCUACCCUUCAGGGACGCUUUGAUGAUUGUGAAGGACUAUUCAUCAAAGGAAGCAGAACUACCCUCCUAUGCCUUGGAUCAAAUCUGAAUGCAUUCUAUUCCCCAAGCCCUGUAUGAUCCUUAUGAGUUUAGUGCUCUUCCAUGUGAUAUUAAUAGCAACGAUAAUCCUCACUUCUUACGCACUUCAAAAAGAUUUUUUUUGAGAAAGGAAAUAAGCUAAAUUUUUCAUUAUAUGUUAUAUAAUUAACGUGUCAUGAUGUACAACGAUGGCCAUCUUUGCAGACACCUGAAAAAGGCGUUUUCAUAUUUUCAAAACAAUAUAGUAUUCCAGAUAUUUAUGAAACGAAGAAUUUUCUUAAGGGAUCUGAAAAUAGCGCGAAGUGUUUGUGUGGUCCAAGUCAGUGGUUACCAGGUAUCAGGGAGAGUCACGCACUUCCAGGCUUAUUAUGAGACCAACAUUGACGCUGUGAUGCCUGGCCAACAGAUGGCAGCACUACCAAGGCGCAUCUCAAUAAUAAGCUGCGAAGUUGUGACCUUUAUACUGGCAGACGCUGGUCGAAGCCUCGUCUCUAGCAGUGUCGAGAGUAGGGUCAGUGUGUAGCACCGGCCACUGCGAAGUGUGAUGAAAUCAUUUCUAGGUAAGCGACCAGUUGACUGGAGAACUUGUAGUGUGUCGAACAGUCAGCUUUAGGUUCCCUGUUCAUCGGGAAGGAAAGCAAGAGUCACUAUGAAAUAUGAAGACCAUGAGAGGCCGCUCCACACAACGCCUUUUUCACUAAAAUGUCUGGACUGCUGAACAUCGGGACCCGUGCCGCAAGUUUAAGAAGACGACACCAUCAUCCUAGGUCUUCUUCGGCACACUCAUCGCCAAACCACUCUCCUGGCCGCAAUACCACGGCGCAACUGACGUCCGAAGACACUGUCCUUCCCUCCUCCAGGAGCGCCCCGUCCACACCAGGACACUUAAGUGCCUUUCAGCCCUUCACUUUCCAUCGGCGGCCAGAUAGGCUGAAUGUCCUCGCCCCUCAAGAGGCGUCACAGGGAGACAAGAACUCAGGCUUUCCUCAGUCUGGUUUGAGACGUCGAACAUCUUCACGAAAUCCUUUGUCAUCACCACAGAGAUCACCCUCGCCAAAAGAAUCACGAAACACUUCGUCAUCGCCUAAAGGUUCCCGUUCUCCUUCGCCGUCAACACAAUGGUCGCAAGAGCCUUCAGUUUCCCCAAAGGAAUCACCUGUGCGCUCUUCGCCAUCACUGAAGGAUUCGCACACUUCUUCGCCUUCAGUUAAGGGAUCACACACCCUUUCGCCAAGGGGAUCAUGGACGCCUUCCCUGACACUAAAAGAGUCAGUUGAGACUUUACAUUAUUGCACAUCCCCACCUUCAAUUUGGGGCUCUCACACGCCCUCGCUGUCACUGAGGGAGUGUCACACGCCUGCACCUGCGUUAUCAUUGAAAGAGUGCCAUGUGCCCACUCCCGCACUGUCACUGGAGUGUCACCCACCCACGCCGGGGCUCUCUUUGAAGGCGUGCAACGCUCCCACAUCCUACUGCAGAGAAUCGUCGACCAAAACACCGCAGACACCAAACACGCCCUACCCCUACAGCACCUUCGAUUUUGAAGCACUCGACUGGGGUCUGUGUCACGUCCAACACCAGGUCUCUGUGGACGACAGAAGACAGCUGUUCUCGGCCGGGAAGAUCAACAUAGAGAGCGGGAUGUCUGCCUACGGUUCCAUCGUCUACCAGAUGCGGGAUGCCAACAUGGACUCCAACAGUACCUGCGAGUUUGUCUACAAGGCUCUGAAGGUCAUCAGUAAGACAGGCGAGUUUCAGUAAUUACUUGAACGUGAGAACUUGGAUAAAUGACCUCGCUGGCGCUAGGACAGCUGAGGUCUUUUAAUUUGCCUAGUCAUUAGGGGGAUUUUUAGCAUAAUUGUCGUUCAACGACAGGACUUAGUGAGUCUCUAAUCACCUAAUUAUAACCGUUAGAUUGUAUGUUAUCGUCCUCUUGUACACACACAUGACACUAGACGAUGGGAAGGAUAGGGAAGACAUGACAACGACGUAUAAAAUACUGAGGGGAACUGACGAGUUGGAUAGGGAUAGAAUGUUUCGGAGAUGUGACACAGGAACAAUGGGCCUCAACUGGAAGUUGAAAACUCA